UUUCUUUGUGUGUGUUUUAAUGCGUAAUGACGGCCUGCCUUGUCUCGUCUGUCUCCACUCUCACACAAGAAGUGAGUGUCACGUCACGUGCAGGAGUCGAGUCUAAGAGCUACCCUCGUGAAUGCAUUUGCAAUGCCGAGCCCCAUUCACCGGCCACCACCUACGGUAGGCACACAUUUCUCUCUGAAUGGGAAAAUCCCCAUGGACGCCAGUGUGUCCGUCCAUCCAUCCAUCCAUCGACUGCACACCACACCCGACCACCCAUUCAUUCACUUCUUCUCUCCCCCCUUCUCUCCCCACCGCUGUCGUCGCCGCCUUCUCCGUCAGAUUGUUGCUGGUCUGCAUCCGCUGCAGGCCUUGGCGUCGUCGACUCCUGCUGCUGCUCUUUUUGUUGCUGCUGGGUAGGGGUAGGGGUUGGGGGCUCGUCCAGCACAUCGACAUCAGGCUGCUGCCACGACAGCGUCCACGGCCGGCCCUCCUGUUUCUGCAGAUCCUCCAAGAUGCUCAGCGUCAGGAAGAUAAUCCUCAUCUGCACCCCAACACACACAGGUGGGUGACAGACAGAGUGUCUCCCUGAAUGGAAUCAAGUACCCCUCCUUCCUCUGGGGGUUUUGUGUGUGGUGGAACGUACCGAUUGCUGAAGCAUGGCCUGCUCGAUUGGCGUCCGAACCUUGUCGCUUCCCGUGCGCGAGAUCAUUUCCUCCUGAGGUGGCAGACAGCAGAUCGAGAUCCUCCUGCCCGCUCAGCCCGUGCGCUCACCAGCUUGAGCCGCCUGAGGUCGAAUCCCCUCCUGUGGGCCUCCACGACGUUUGCCACGAAGGGGCUGAACUUCUCCUCAAACGAAAUCGAGAGCUGACUCGGCGACUCGCGCAGCUGCGGCCAUCUGAGAGAACACACAGCAGACCCCAAGCACUAGGAGAUGCUGCCCGUGUGCCGGCGGUGUGCGUGAGGUCUGUGUGUUCAUUGCAUACCCGACGGUUUGCAAGGUCAGGAAGAUCAGCGACAUCCAUAUCGUCCUCAGCUCGGCCUCAUCUGGCUGGCACAAACCAUGGCAAAGAAAGGCAAACAAACGGUCGUGUACACGCGUCAAGCUGGCUGGCACGUCAGUCACCCAUGUCACCUCACCCACCAUCAGCGGCCUGCACACAGCGACAGACAAAAAACAGCAGACCAGAUUAGCUAUCGGAUGCUCACUCAGUCGGGCACUCAUUCACUCACUCACUGACCGUUCGAUGGAUGGCUUGUCGACAGUGGAGACCUCCAAAAGCAGCGCCGGCAUGUUGAACCCCUUCUCGUACGCCGUUAUCACGGGUCGGAUGAACUGACGCAGCGUCUCCUGGUAGUCCUGCACACACACAGAGAUCAGCACCCACAGAUCACAUCAUUAAGUGGGAUCAGGCCACCGGAUGACAUGACCGACUGACCAGAUCAGUCCUGCUGCAGGCAGCGAUGAAGGCCUUCUCAAUCGCCUCCGCCACCUCGUGAGUCCCCCCUCCGCUCUGCGGCAGCAGUGACAUCCUCAUGGGCCACCUGAUGUGGUGGUGAUGGAGCGCACCGCGAUAGCUGGAACACAGGUGAUGCGGCCUUGAUGGGGAGAUGAAGGCGGCCGCGGUUGUGGUUGUAAGAGCAAGGCAGGCAAUACAGACCAGCCUCCUCUUCAUCCACCCCCGUACGCUUGCCGCUCCAGCUCCUCGCCUCAAUGCAUCAUGCUCGCGCUCAACCGCAAGAUCUGCCUCGGCAUCCCUUCCCAAGUCAUCUGGUUGGGCCUGCAUCUCUCGUUUGCGACCUGGCAUGAUCUCCGGCCGUUGUCCGCUGGUUGACCUGGUCUCACCCAUCAGAGUAAGCUUCGGGGAACGCAGACGUCUUGG